AAUAUCAGUUCGUUCACUGGUUUGUUAAUGUAGCUCUCUAGUCGCCCGCCAUUCCACCAAAAUCUUGUCAAAUUUAUUUCUUUCAAAAUGGCCGAACUAUAAAGACGUGUAAUACAUUUAUUGUCACAAUGGAGCCCUUAAGCGAUUUUAAUUUCGAAACAAACAAAUCAACAAGUAACAAAGAUUUUCUUACUAGAAAUAACACCAACAAAUACGUGAAAACAUUGAACUGUGUACCAAACAAAGACCUAUUUAAUUUAAAUUCUGAUUGUUGUGUUGCGUUUUGUGGAAAGUGUUGCAGAUACCCUCACAGACCUUCGCCUGAUAUAAGAAAAUACUUUAAUAGUGUAUCGUGUGCAACGUAAAAGAAAUUUCUCGAAAAUGAAUUUUUUGAGCCGUGAAAUGCGCGUCAGACACGAUCCGCAGUAUUUCAAACAAAAUUGUUAUACCAACGGAAAAUACCACACGGAUGCCCUGAAUGAUAGCGAUAUGAAGAGUGUGUACGGUGAGGAAUUGUUCAAUAAAUUGCAUACACUACCCGAUCCAUUGAUGAAGAAUCUUGGUGACACAUUAGCCAUGAAUAUGACCGAAGGUGAAAAAGUCAAGAGUCAAGAGAAUAAAAUUGGUGGCGAAUCGACUCUAUCGGGUAUUACUGGGUUUUUUAGCGGUAUGAUGAGCACUCUCGCUGGCGUCAUGUUCCGUAGGUCGAAACCGUCAGAUAUCUAUCAAGGGACACUGCCACAAACCUGGCAGGAUUCCAAAAGUGACUACAAAAACAUUCUUAAUAUCACGGACAAAACACCGAACACAGUCACUGAUUUAUCUGACAAUAAAACGGAUGACAGUAACAUUGACAAGUUAUUCCCAAUUAUGAUUACAAAUAAAGAAUGUAAAGAGGCAACAGAUCAGAAGUUGUAUGCCGAGUCCAGUUCUGUCGACGAGUCAUUUGAGGAUGCUUUCUCACCUGAAGAUUUUAUGAGGUUAACGCAAAGCGCAUUUAUUGAAUACUAUAUCCCCUCACAAAAUCAUAAAGAGGAGUUUUUGGAAAUCGAAACACCUAAAAUUAAAGUUGAGUUCUCUAAGAUGCCCGAACACAAUUUAGUUUCUCAAUCACAUCAGACCAAGGAAAAUACUGGAAAUGUGACAGAAAAAGAUCCCAAUUAUGAUUUGGUCACAUCCUGUGAAGACAAAUUAAAAAAAAUCAGAGCAUUACUACAGAACAGACGUCGGAACAAAACACAUAUAGACACCGAGGGUAUUGAGGAUAUUAAAUCCAGAAGAAAACAAGAACUAUUUCCUGGUAUGCCUGACGACAGCAUUGAAAAUUCCACUGACACCAGCCUGAAUGUAAACAUUAAUGAAAAUUUGAAUUUUGGUGAAGAAGUUGAUGUCAAUUCCAGUACUGGAAGCUCACCGCUGCUUAAAGCUUUGGAAAAGUCUGAACUUGUCAUUGAACCGGAUGAAAGCUUUGAUGAGGUUUCGGGUCGUUUUCAUAAAGCUUCAACGUCCAGCGAGGACUCCUUCCAAAUUGUCUUCAACGAUGUCCCUCGUACAAGAAGAACAUCGGAAUGCGAUUCUGAAGACUCCUUCAUUGUAUUUGAAGACAAUCCCGACGAUUGUUAUACCACAAACGAUAUAUUCGGUGAUUCUGAUUCUGAUACGGACUCUAGUGAUUCUGAAAGUGAUUGUUGCGAUUUGUACUUGUCAAAGACUGUGAAGAAUUUGACCGAUGACAGUUUGUACGAUGAAGUUGAUUAUGGAAGGAUUCUCUCAUGCUCUGAAGUGUGCCCUGACAAAUUUGAAGAAUACAAGAAGCAUGCUGCAAAGAAAGACCGGCCAGUUAAAAGGGUAACAUUUUCCGAUGAGCCUCCGAAGGUGCAUGUGAUGAGAGUGUGGGCGUUCGCGGCCCGCCAGGCCAGGGCUGGUCACUGGGAGAGAUACGCCCUCGAUCGCGAAAGAUUUAAAAGGAGAAUCGCCGACGUCGAGAUGGCCGUGUCGUGGGUGCUGAAGCCGCAGCACCGCUCGAGGGUCAUGUUCCAGAGGUUCAUGCCGUGGUGGAACGCGGAGGAUCGCAGGCAGCUAGCGGAGAACUCGCAAGAGCAGGACGCAGCGACGGAUAGAGACAGCAAGUCCGACAAAACCAGAGCGAUCGAGGGGAGAUUGGCAAAACCUGAUACUGGUCCCGAAACUAGCGGUGACUGUCCACCAAACGAGGAGGAUUCUGGUAAUAUUAGAACCGUUCACAAUGACGGAGACGAGGCAAAUGCUCAACUAGAUAACGGCGCCCACAGCGGAAACAGUCUAGAAAUACUUUCGGAAAAGCAAAACGAACACACGGCAAUGGAUAGCGAAAUUUGUGAAUCGGUAAUCAAUGAAGUCGGAAAACAUUACUUGGGAACUACAUCAGAAUCGAGUGCUCAAAAAUUUGAAGGCGUAUGAUGAGAGAAUCUUCUCUAGGAGCCAGACGAAGCGUAUAUCUGUGAUGAGGAACUCUGCCCCUCCCCCAAACCCCCUCCCACCCCCCUUCCUACCUAUCGGAAGCGAUGCAGAAAUUUCACCGUCCGUGGAAAACGUUCACAAUACCCAUACUGUUGCAUAAAUUCACACAGUAUGUCCAAUAUUGAUUGUCAGUCAUACCACAAAAAUAUUUUUGUUCCAAACCAUUUUUAAAUCUACUCAUAUUACUAUUAAUUUUGUGUACAAAAAAUUCUUACGUAUAAGUUUAUAACGAUGUGAAUAUAUAUUUUAUAAUCAAACGUUCUAUUGUAAUUAAUAAUUUGUAACAUUAGAGGCAUAUUAUAUUUUUGUGGUGGUCCGUCUUAAAUCUUUGGAACAUUUUAUUUUUUAAUUGACUCACUAUGUCUCUGGACACUAAGGUGACAAGUGUCUCAAACAUAUCUUUGUGUAAUGUGGUCACAGUGCCAGCAUCAGACUCUCGGACUGGAAGCUGCGAUGGACACGAGGGAGUGGCUUCGUGAAGACAUUUCUGAAGACUCCGAGACAGGAGUUUGAUUUUUUAAUGUCCUUAAAAAAAUAUGGUUGCCCCCUCAGAAACAUUGGAACAGUCCGACGGUUUGUUAUAAUGAAAAAGUGAGAUUUAUAUGCCUCUAAUGUUGCAAUCUUUUUGUGUGCGGAGUAAAUUUCUAAUGUCAUUUUAGAUUUUAAAAUUCCUCUUAGAUUUUAUUAUUUUCGGUUUGUCACGUAUAUACUAUAUAUAUGUGUAUGUGUGUGUAUAAAAUGCAAAUAUACAUUAGUAAUUAUUUACAUUAAAAUAAAUGAAAGGUUACGGUAUUA